UAAAGGUGAGACGUCGGUCGAUGGAUAUAACUUACUACUAGUUAAAGGGGACAUAACAGAUGAUCGUAUUUAAAAAUGGCGAGCGGAGUAGCGCGUGCAAGUAAGACCGCUUUGCGAUAUUUUCUCGGAACAUGUGUACCUUCGUCCAAACAAAAUGCCGCCAAAGUGAAAAUAGCACAAUUGGAAUUUAACGAUUACAUUCAUAUGUAUUACAAAAAGUACGACUUUAUUUAUGCCAAUGAUCCAAACAAGCUCUGCAAAACUGGUGAUGUAAUUUUGAUCAAAGAAUUACCAAGCAAAUUAACACGUCUGAUUACGCACGAAGUUAUCGAUGUGAUAUAUCCUCUAGGUGAUAUAACAGAUCCAGUUACAGGAAAGAAAGUUGUCGCAAGUCAAUAUAGGGAGGAUAUGGAGGAAAGAAUCAACAUGUAUGGUAAAAAACACUCAGCUUUUAAUUAUUCAAAAGCACCAAGAAGAGGAAGGCUGGAAGGUGUAAGAGAUUUUACUCAUAAGAAAAUGUAUUUGAAAUACUAUGAUGAUCCUAAUGAACCACAACCAGAUACAGUAUACUAAAAAAUACUUGUAUAGCUCAAAAAAUUAUUAAUAAAUUAUAAAUAUUCAA